UAUGCUUGUGAGAAUGUGUUGAACUUUGUAUUUGAUCCUUUCCUCUGUAGAAUCGGAAAAGAACAUAGGUUAAUCCGGGAAGUAAUGACUUCUCUAGGCCAUCCUAUGUAGCUCAAACUUUGGAUCUGCCUCUCUAGCUUUUGCAGCUCAGGGAUCUGUGGCCCUGUCUUAGAUCUUGGAUGAUACACGUCUCCAGAAAGGCCGGAAGUAUCAUGCGGCAAGAAACUGUGCUUGGAUUUUCCCUGGAGCCAGAAAUCCCAUGGAUGCAUGGGUCCCUUGCAUUUCGCUUGCUGAGGAGCUCUUUCAACUCCCUUGUAACCAACCUGCUGCCUUGGGCAAAGAACUUCAUCAACGUCCAUAAGGUAGAACUGCUUCAUAGGCUGUUCCUCCCUCAGGAAAAAAGACAAAAAAUGAAGUGUUCCCUUGUGCUGACAGUGCUGCUGUCCUUACUAGUGGCAAAGCUAUGUCGCGGUUAUUGUAUUGAGUCUCAGGAGCAACAGAGGCCCAGCGGAAUUCAAACAAAGAAGAACUCAGAUCUCUAUAAGCUGCCUCUAUCCUUGCUCCGACGAUUAUAUGAUGGCCAAGGGAUAUCCUAUGAGGCACUGCUCAGGCUGUCAGGCAAAGAAGAAAUCAGUCCCCAGUCCAUUGCCUCUUCCCAGAAACGAGACAUGCAUGAUUUCUUUGUUGGACUGAUGGGCAAAAGGACCACAGAGCCUGAUAAUUCCAUUGAAUUCAGUAAGGAAGCAUUCGCUGGUUUGGGCGACGUAAAGUACUCACCAAAUGCAGAAUGAGGUUUCAUGCAAGAGUGAAGACAAGCACAAUGUCUGCAAGACUUCAAGAAACCAACACAAAUCUGAUUUCAUCCACCAAAGCCCAGUAUACUUUCAGACAAACCAGAAACUUUGAUGUACCAUGGAGCUUUUUCAUUUUGUCCCAUGCCUCUUCCCAUGUUCUUUUCCUUAAUUAUGCUCUUAAUUCUAGCCUAUAACUUAUUGUACUGCUUUAGUGUUCACUGUUUGCACAUUUUGACAGUUAGUCCUAGUCUUCAUGGUGCUUUGUCCCUCUGUGUACACAUGUGACUUAUUUGCAGAAUCUCUUUCAUGCAAAACCAUCCUUCUGCACAUCCUUCUGUGGCACAGAUAAAGAACACCUCAGUCUUCUAUAAUAACAGGGUUUUUACUUAUGACCUGCCACUGUGUGUGUCUCAUUCUUUGUUUGAUAUUUCAGAUGCCUUGUUAUUAUGGGGGGGGGGACACACAUUGUUUUAACAAAAUCAAUAAACCAACA